GACAACUUAUAGAUUUUUUUUUGCUGCACUAGUGCUCCAAACAGAAACUAAUACUUUCACCACAUAUACAAUACCUAACACAAACUAAAGAAACAACAAAUUCUCAAAGAAGAAUUUUAGGUAACAUGCAUCUACCACAAACUUAUCUCUUAACUUUUCUUGGUCCACUAUCACUACAUUUUUGGUCUAUAAAAGCUUAUCCCCAAAGCUACUCUUCACCACUUCAUCAAAUCACCUCAAAAAAAAAAAAAACCUCUCUCUCAAAUUUCUCUCCUAAACCAUAAAAAAAUGGGAGAUCAAGAAUCAAGCAAAUGGGAAGGAGAGAUCAUAGUAGAGCUAAAAACACUCACACCACAACAAGUAUGGCCACUCAUAGCAGAUUUUUGCUCCUUAGACAAAUUGUGCCCUCACCUAGAGAAGUGUUACUUAGUAGAAGGUGUACUAGGAGAGCCAGGUAUGAUCAGGUGUUGUGAGUCCUCAAACUUUGGAGGUGAGGGUGCAGCCAAAUAUGCUAAAGAAAGACUCCUUAUGAUUGAUCCAUCAAAUAUGUGUCUUUCUUAUGAUAUUGUUGAUAAUAAUGCUGGAUUUAAAUCUUAUGUUGCAACCAUGAGAUUGUUUCCAGUUAUUAAUGGUGAUGAUGGAAAGUGUUGGUGUAAGUUUGUGUGGAAUUUUGUAGCUGAUCCUGUUGAUGGUUUUACCCUAGAAGGUCUUCUUGAGCUUUUAAAUGGUAUUGCUCAAGCCAUGGCUAAAAAGAUGGAAGAAGCUUUUUCUGAUCAAAGUUAAUUAAUUGAAGAUUAUAUAUGUUGAUUUUCCAGAGAAAGAGAUAUCAAUUCAUAUAAAAAUUUUAUUUUAUUUUUAUGUUAAAUUAGUAGAUCUUUGUUAUUGAUACCAUGCUAUAAAUCAUCAUAAGCUUAAUAUAUCAUUUUGAUUAAGCUUUUAUAUGAUAUAUAUAUAUAUAUAUAUAUAUAUAUAUAUAUAUAUAUAUAUAUAUAUAUAUACACAUGAGUGUAUUUUGAAUGGAAGGACAAUUCUUAUUAUAGUA